AUGAAGCCUCUCACCACUCAUCUCGCAGCCAGCCUGCUGCUAGUAGCAGCGCACGGCUUCCUCCCCUACCAUCCCGCCCUCGCCAAACACAUCAUGAUCCCCGCCACCAGCUUCACCUCCCAAUCCGCCUUCGCCACCGACUGGAACCACAACUACCCCUGGGGCACCGACCACAACGGCGCAGCCCGAAUGACACCAUCUCAAGUCCGCCUCGACCCGUCCUCGGGCACACUAACCCUCACCGCACGACGCGUCAGCGGCGAAAAACCCGCUUCGCACGGCGGCAAACAGAUCCCCAUCCGCUACCUCUCCGGCGCUGUCCACGCAAAGGAGCAUUUCAACGUAUCCCGUGGAGGCGGGUACGAUUUCUCGGCCGAGUUCAAGGCUACCACGACCCGGGGCACCUGGCCGGCGUUUUGGUUGACGGGGGUUAAGGGCUGGCCGCCCGAGAUCGACAUGGCCGAGUGGAAAGGGUCGGGCAAGAUCUCGUUUAAUACGUUCAAUACGUCCUCGCAGGUGCGGGCGAGGGAUGUGGAGUAUCCGAAUCCGGGCGAGUUUCAUGCUAUCCGGUGUGAGGUAAGGGAUGCGGGGAAUGGAAGGGAUGUGAGUGUGAGGUUUUUUAUGGACGGGAGGCUUGUUGAGACGCAGUAUGGGAGGGGGUUCGUGGGGCAGGCUAUGUAUUUGUCCGGAACUUGGAAGUUUGGAGUUAUAAUUCAUGACGGAGGUCAGGCACUACUAGGAGACUCAUCCCUCGGAGGCUCGUCCCCUAACCUAAGGCUACCUUGCCUAAGGCCUGAGUUUUGUUUCCUCGGUUCCGGGCACGGCUCGCCCGGCUUGCUUUGA